AUGAUAUCUUAUUUGCCUGCCAGGCUCGACAGCUCACCUUUCGAGUCGCCGACCAAUUCACCCACUCAGAGCGACUCCCUACGUCUGGGUCCACUUCCCCUAGCAAGUCGCCAACCGAGUCAACUGAGGAAUACCCCAAUUUCCUGUCGGGCCCGAGUCUCUAACUUCAUUGAUCUUCACCAGUUUGUCAUACCUCCAGGGUGGACCACAAAUUCCCCAAGCCCGGCAUACAAAGAGGAGUGGGAGGGUCCUGAAUCCGAGGAUCAGACAACUGCUCGGUACUUUGGCCUCGGGCCAGGAAGACCGAUCAUGGAGGAUGACAAUGACUACGAAACAAUUUUCCAGUCUGGUGACAAGUUCUAUCUCUGGGAUCGAAUGUGUGACGAUGUGUAUGGAAUAUUUUCUCGGGAUAUAAAUGAGGUUGCUCUCCUUAUUGCCGAGAAGGGACUCAAGGAGCUACGUAGGGAAGCUGCUAUUCUAUUCCCCGAGUCUCCUAAUGGAUAA